AAAGUCGUGGAUCCGUCCGCUUGGAGACGCUACUGUGCUUGUCGUUAUUCUCUUCUAAUUAUUUGCUUUCUCUGCUCGUUCGUUAGUCUAUGCUUUAAAUCAGGUGAUUAAUUUUGCAGCUAAUUUAGGUUAUUUAAAAUUGUUAGUUAUAUUUUUGAGAAAAUGGCCCUUCACUCUGCCAUUAAGGGGAAGUUAGUAUCGGUUAUUGGUGAUGAGGACACGUGUGUCGGGUUUCUGUUGGGUGGUGUCGGGGAGAUCAACAAGAACCGAAAUGCAAACUUCUUGGUCGUGGACAAAAAUACGAGUGUCAGUGAAGUGGAAGAAGGUUUCAAACGUUUUGUCAAAAGGGACGACAUUGACAUCAUUCUCAUCAACCAGAAUGUGGCGGAGAUGAUCCGACACGUGAUCGACAGCCACACGCAGCCACUGCCGGCCAUCUUGGAGAUACCCUCCAAGGACCACCCGUACGACGCCACCAAGGACUCCAUCCUUCGAAGGGCAAGGGGGAUGUUCAACCCAGACGACUUCAAAUAAACACACUCUCAUGCCUGUGUUUAAAGGACCUCUGUAUAUAUGCAUAGUAUUUUUUGUUUGAUUAGCUGGUGUCUAAGUAACAGUCUGUUUGGGGUGUUGUAAUAUAAUUGGAUAGAGAAAAAGUAAAUUAAAAAGGUUUCUCUUCUUGCAUUGCAUAAUGUAGUGAAAAUCUAUGUUGUAAUAUUUUAGAUAGAGUUACAAUCCUGCAAUUUUUUUUGUAUCAGACUAUUUCAUUGAAAAAAUAUGAUUAUCUAUGUAGUGAAACAGCAAAAAAAAAUUAUAUAUAUAUAAUCAAAUCUAGUUGGUUCAGUAAUUUGAUUUUUUUGAGCAAAUGUUUUUGAAUAUGUUUGUAAAGAGUACAUUCCAUGUAAAUAAAAUUAAUUUAAUGUA